UUAUGUCUAAACGGGCAGAAUAACAAAGAAGAUAAAAAUUGCUUUUAACCACAAAAAACCUCGUAAUAAUUCUAUUUUCAUCUUUGGUUCCAUGCGAAUCUUCUGGAAUAUAAACUCACAGCACAAGUUCCAUUGAAGAAGAAGAAGAAGAAGGAAGAUCGAAGAAACCCUAGCUUUUUUAUCAAUGGAGAAACAAGCAUCAAGCUCACGAGAGUUACAGUGUGUAGGCAGGCUCGAAAUUGCACCCCCUAAACCUGUCGGUUUUCUUUGCGGUUCAAUUCCUGUCCCAACCGAUAAAGCAUUUCACGAUUUCAAUGCUUCUGAACUUGUACCCUCCGCUGAAAGGGUUAGAGCUCCGAGGUAUCGGAUGAUUCCUAUCGAGACUGAUCUAAACACUUUGCCACUGCUUUCAAGUAUUCCAGAUAAGGUACUGCCAUUAGUGGCCAACCAAUCAAGGACGAGCGCAGGUAGUGAAUAUUUACUAUGGGAAAGUGGCACACACACGUCAAAUCUUGCACGGAAAGGUGAAGCUCUGGCUGUAUCAGGUCUGGUGGAGUAUGGAGAUGAGAUCGAUGUCAUUGCCCCAACUGAUAUUCUGAAGCAAAUCUUUAAGAUUCCAUACUCGAAAGCUCGAUUAUCAAUUGCAGUACAUCGUGUUGGCCAGACUCUAGUUUUGAACACAGGGCCUGAUGUUGAAGAGGGGGAGAAAUUGAUCAGAAGAAAUAAUAACCCACCAAAAUGUGCAGAUCAGUCUUUGUUUCUAAAUUUCGCUAUGCACUCUGUUCGCAUGGAGGCAUGUGAUUGUCCACCAACCCAUACACCAUCGAAGGAGUGGCAAUGUGAAUCAAGAGAAAGUUCACCUGAAUCUUCUGAACACCCAACGCAGGAUAGCACUUUCUAUGAGCAACGUGGAACUUCUACUCAGGAAGAACAAUCUAACCCGCCUUGCACAUAUAACGAGCUCAAACAGGGUGACUCUUUUUGGGGCAAAAAGAACAGGAAAAAUAAGGAUCAAGGUGCUGGAAACAAGGUCUCACAAGUAAAAGAGAAGUCGAGGUACUCAGUGAAAGAGUCUGACAAGUAUAGACGAGCUAGUAAUGAUGGAUUCCUAAGGGUUCUAUUUUGGCAGUUUCACAAUUUCCGUAUGCUUCUGGGAAGUGAUUUACUCAUCUUCAGUAAUGACAAGUUUGUUGCAGUUAGCUUGCACUUGUGGGAUGUUUCACGAAAGGUCACUCCUUUAACAUGGCUAGAGGCGUGGCUUGAUAAUGUCAUGGCUAGUGUUCCUGAGUUGGCUAUAUGUUAUCAUCAAGACGGUGUUGUUCAGGGCUAUGAACUCCUAAAAACAGAUGAUAUAUUUCUCCUAAAGGGCAUAUCUGAGGAUGGUACUCCUGCUUUUUAUCCAAAUGUAGUACAGCAAAACGGGCUUUCAGUAUUGAGAUUCCUUGAGGAAAACUGCAAGCAAGAUCCUGGUGCAUAUUGGCUAUACAAAAGUGCGGGAGAAGAUGCUAUCCAACUCUUUGAUCUAUCUGUCAUACCUCAAAACCGACCUGCUGAUGACACUGAUGAUAAUUCUAGCUCUGUGCCCUCUCUAAUAAAUAGAGGGAGAAGCGAUCCCUUUCUUUCACUGGGGACGCUAUUGUACCGGAUUGCUCACAGACUUUCACUUUCAAUGUCUCCUGAAAACAAGUCUAGAUGUGCGAGUUUCUUCAGAAAAUGUCUUGAUUUUUUGGAUGAGCCUGAUCACCUGGUUGUACGUGCAUGUGCUCAUGAACAAUUUGCGAGGCUCCUUUUAACAUACGAUGAAGAGUUAGAUUUGUCAUCUGAAGCACUUCCUAGGGAGUCUGAAGUUACAGGGGCUGACGCUGAAGAAGAACCAGUUGAAUCUUUGAUUUCGGUUUCAGUAUCAGGUGCCCAUGAUUUCCUGGUUCCUAAAGUUGAACCAGGCGACAACAUUGAAACAUUGCCAGCUACUGGAUCUGAUGAUUCUGUGAGGGUAACAUCUGAUGAGGCUAUAACUUCCCCAAGAGCAAUUACAGCUCCAAGGGAGAGAAAUGCAGCCAGUCUGGAAGAUGCACCAAAUAGCAGAGAGAAAAGCUUUUCAGUAUGUGAUUUGUCAAAAGUGUCUCCUAAGGUUCAAACUGUUGCUGAUCCAAUCUCCACCAAGUUGGCUGCCAUACAUCAUGUUUCUCAAGCUAUUAAGUCUCUUAGAUGGAAACGUCAAAUGCAAAGCAAUAGAAUGGAUCUGCAGAAUAGUGGUCAAAAUCAGGAUGAGCGGCCUUCAGCACCGAGUUUUUCUAUCUGUGCAUGUGGAGAUACUGACUGUAUUGAAGUUUGUGAUAUUCGGGAAUGGCUUCCAACUUCAAAAUUGGAUGAUAAGUUGUGGAAAUUAGUUCUAUUGCUUGGAGAGUCGUACUUGGCGCUUGGACAAGCUUAUAAAGAAGAUGAACAAUUGGGUCAGGCCUUGAAGGUUGUAGAGUUGGCAUGUCUGCUUUAUGGAUCAAUGCCUCAACAUCGGGAAGACUCAAAAUUCGUUUCUUCCAUGGUCGUUUGUACAUCAACCAAUGUUGAACUUGAUGAAAGUGAAAAAGCUGGGUCUUCACAAUGUGAUGAUUGUUUCAUUUAUGAUCAAUUAUCUGACAGUUACCUCUUUUGGGCCAAGGCUUGGACACUAGUUGGGGACUUGCAUGUCCAAUUCCAUUUGACAGAUGGUGAUAAGAUGCCAGUACAAUCAGAGCAAAAGUCUCUAACUAAAGAGUUGAAGAUGUCAUCUGAAGUUCUGAGGGAGGUUGAAAGGCUCAAGAAGAAGCUUGGACAGUCUAGUCAGAACUGCAGCUCAUGCUCCUUAUUAAACUGCAGCUGCCAGAGUGAUAGGGCCAGCAGUGGCAGCAGCGCUAGCAGUAGUAGUGGAGAUUCACGUUCUAAAAGUUAUAGCAGAAAGCAGAACAAAAAAUCACAUACCAAAGCAAACUCCCAUGCACAUUCUGGAACUUUUGUGGAUAUUCAUCAGAAGGGUGAAAGCACCACAUCCGAGUGUAACCUCCCGAUGCAUAGCAAGAAUAUUACCAGAAUGGAAAGCUCUAUUAAACUGACAGAUGUUUCAGAGGCAAAAAAUUCUGGACCUACCGACUCUGAUAGAGAUGAUGUCGAGGGAGUGAAAAUGGGAGGAACUUCAGUGUAUACAUGUUCUGAAACUUCAAAGGAAGAAACUGAAAGGAAAAGUGGGGGUAUAUUUAAAUAUAUUCGAGGUACUGUAGCUGGAGAUGCUGAUUUCUAUCUCUCUGUUGCCUUGAACUGUUAUGAAGAAGCUAGAAACGCUAUGGUUGGACAUCUUACUAAUUCAGCAGACUUACAAUCUUUAAUUAAGAAGAAAGGAUGGGUGUGUAAUGAGUUAGGCCGUAGGAGGCUGGAAAGAAAAGAGCAGGAUAAAGCUGAAGUCGCUUUUGCUGAUGCAAUAAAUGCAUUUAAAGAAGUAGCUGACCACACUAACAUUAUAUUGAUAAACUGUAACUUAGGUCAUGGCAGGAGAGCCCUAGCAGAAGAGAUGGUAGCAAAGAUUGAAAAUCUCAAGGAACAUGCAAUCCUCCAGGAUGCAUACAGGCAAGUGCUCCAGGCUGCCAAGAAGGAAUACAGGGAAUCUCUGAGGUUCUAUGGUGCAGCAAAAACAGUCGUAAAUAGUGUUAGUGAAGAAUCAGAUUUGGAUUCAAGCAACUUGAGAAAUGAAGUUUAUACUCAGUUUGCUCAUACAUAUCUAAGGCUUGGGAUGCUAUUGGCCAGAGAAGAUACAUUUGCUGAGGUUUAUGAGAACUGUGUCCUUGAGGAUUCUUUCAACUCCUGUGUUAGUAGACCUAAGAUAGACCGUAGAAAGCAUGAGAUUUCAGCUAAUGAUGCCAUUAGAGAGGCUUUAUCCGUCUAUGAGUCACUGGGUGAGUUACGGAAACAAGAAUCUGCGUAUGCAUACUUUCAGUUGGCUUGCUACCAAAGGGAUUGCUGCUUGAAAUUUUUGGAGCAAGAUCAGAAGAAAAACAGUUCUUCCAAGGGCGGAAAUAGCUUUCUUCAUAGAGUAAAGCAAUAUUCUUCAUUGGCUGAGAGGAACUGGCAGAAAUCCAUGGAUUUCUAUGGACCAACGACACAUCCCUUGAUGCACUUGGCUAUUUUGGUGGAGCGAGCUGCGCUAUUAUUGGAUCUGUCAAAUCUUCUUCACUCUAACGUGCUUCUGGAGUCUGCUCUGACUUGUAUGCUUGAAGUUCGCCAUGUAUCUGGAGACACACUGAGUAAUGACAAUCUUAAGAUUUGUGAUAAAUAUUGGAGCCAGUUGCAGAUGCUAUUGAAGAAGAUGCUGUCUGUAGCACUCUGUCCAACUACGAAUAAAUCUUCAGCCAACUCUCAGCAGAGCGCCUCAAAUAAGUCUGCUGAUACCGGAAAGCUUAGAGAGCUUUACAAGAUGUCUCUGAAGUAUACAGAGUUCAGUCAACUGCAAGUAAUGCAUGAUUUGUGGAUAUCUUAAGGUACAUGCUCGCUAAAAUGUGGAAUGAUCAAAUAUUCUUGCACAAGACACCGGUUUGUAAUUAGCAUGACAUUUGAUCCCUCUAACGUUCUUAGGCUGUGUCAAUCGAGGUUAUUAGUCUCACUUGCAAAUGAAUCAGGAUGUAUAUAAUUGUGAAACUGCUUGUAAUUUCCCUUCCCAUUUUAAAUCAGGUGUCAGUCAUCAUCAAAGUAAAGUUUGGGCUUUCCCCUUUCCCUUUAAAAGCGGUGAAAGUCCAUCCUAAAGUUUCAAAUCUCUUGGGACUGGAUUGAAUCUUCCAGUUUUUAUCGGGGGACUAGCAUAUCAACAAGAUACUCAGUUGGUUAUAGCGUUGUGUGUUGAAAUUAUUGAAGGUAUUGGAGGUUGUAUAUGUACAGGUUGGUUUAUACUUAAUAGUUGUACCUUGGGAUGGAUUGACUGUACCUCAAAAGGUUGUGAAAACAGGCUCUAAGUUUCCAUCAUAUAGUUUUAUAGUACUAGAAAGUAGUAUUUUGGUUC